UCCAGGUUACUUCAUAGGAAAAGUCUCCAAUUCAGGCUGUGAGAGUCUGGGACUUUUUCAAGGUUAUCGAUCUGAUCGCCAGAAUCUGGGGAGCUGAGGCAAUGGGAUGCGAUGCGAGCUGGCCAGAGUGGCUGCUGAGACAGCUGUGACAGCUGGGGAGAAACAUGGAGACGCCCUCCUGCUCACCGGAGGACAAUGCCUAUAAAAACAUGCAAGAAUCCCCGGAACUCCACCUGACCAGGCACCUCGAUGAAGUGGUCGCUGCGGUCAGCGUCACGCCUCAGAGGAAGGCUCAGGACCGGCUGCUGCAGACUCAUGACAAGCUCUUUCGGCCACCUCGGGAGAAGCUCCAGCACUGUGCCGAGAAAGCCAAGCUCUACUUGGACAGCCAUGAGCACAAGCAUGCCAUCCGGGAGCUGGUGCGCUGCGUGGCCCUCACCAGGAUCUGCUACGGGGACGCACACUGGAAGCUGGCAGAGGCACACGUGAACCUGGCGCAAGGCUACCUGCAGCUGGGCGGACUCUCACUGCAGGCCAAACAACAUGCAGAGAAGGCCAAGGACAUCCUCACCAGCUCCGUGACCGCCUCGUGCGCCGACAGCACGGACAUGUUCAAGUGCUCCAUCGAGCUCUUCCUCACCACCGCCCAGGUCCUGCUCGCCCUGCAGAAGGCUAAGGAGGCGGCCGAGAGCCUGAGCAAGGCCGAGCGGCUGUCCCACAAGCUGCUGCAGUGUGGCUGCAUCCCCGAGGACGAGUGGGUGGACACGCAGUGGCGCAUCGAGCUGACAUCGGCCCAGAUCUACCAAGGUCAGAAGAAACCGAAAGAAGCGCUGGCUCGCUACCAGAAAGCCUUGAACCACGCGGUGGCCAGCAAAGGGGAGAAGAGCCUCGAGUGUGUCCCCAUCCUGCGGGAGCUGGCGGGCGCCGAGCAGGCGCUGGGACUGCACGACGCAGCUAUGCAGCACUUCCGGCAGGCUCACCUCACCCUCCUGAGCAGGGGCCCCUCAGAUGAGGACGCGGCCGACUCUGCACAUUGCGUGGCACAUGCCGCCAUCACCUCGGGGACACCUGAGCACCGCGAUGUAGCUGGCCAGUAUUUUCAGGAGACCUUGGAGCACCUCAAGAAGUGCGAAGAGCCGGGAAAAGCCAAGUUCCUCUCCGUCCAGGAUGAGUACUGCCAGUUUCUACAAGCCACCGGCCAGCAAGAGAGAGCCUUUGCCAUCCUGCGGGAGUCCCUGGAGGCCAAAGAGAGUGUGUUUGGAGACCUCAGCCCCGAGGUGACGGAGACCUACAGAAUCCUGAGCACGGCAGACCUGGCGCAGAAGAACUACACUGGGGCCCACAAGAAGCUGAAGAAGUGCCUGCAGCUGCAGACGUUGCUGUACGGGGCCCAGGACAGGAGGACACAGGCCACGCGGGAGGCGCUGGACAGGCUGAGCAGGCUCCCCGAGAUGGCCGUGAAGCGGAGGCAGCCUCUGAAGACCAAACCCACGGCCCCUGCUGCUGUGUCCUCUCGCCGGCCCCCCGGGAGGGCCAGGCCCAGCACUGCCCACUGAGACGCCCCCAAAGAUAACUGCCAGAGGAAUCAGGGGUCCCACUCGGGCCGUGCUGCCCUAGAGGGGUCGGGGGUCUCUCUCCCCCGCAAACCCGCACCCAGGCUGCGGCCACAGCAAUGGGGAAAAUCAUCCCGAAGCUCAGUGCCUCGAAGGUGAUGCUCCUCAUCCAUUCUCCUCCCCCUCCCCUCCCUCCCCCUCCUCCUCCUGCUUCCCCUCCUCCCCUCCCCUCCUUUUUUGGCUUGGAUUUGAUUUGGGGGCCACACCCUGCAGUGCUCAGGGCUUACUCCUGAUUCUGUGCUCAGAAAUCACUCCUGACAGGGUUCAGAGGACCAUGAAGGGUGCCGGGGAUCAAACCUAGGUCGGCCCCUGCCAGAAGGUGCCCCUCCCGCUGUCCUAUGGCUCCAUUCCUGAUGCUUUGGCCCUUUGGGAGCGGGUCGCCUCCCGCUGUGCACGGCUGGGGGCUUCUCGUGACCGUGCCCAGGGGACCAUGCAGUGCCCGAGUGAGCCCGGGGCUCCCAUGCAAAGCUCGUCUCAGCCCCAAGAACCUCCUCCUGGUCUCCCAACAGUCGCUCAGAGCCCCCAAACCUCCCUGCACUGGCCUCAGAGGUGAUACGGGGGACCAGGCUGCAGGGAGUAGGGUCAGCACCUGCUGGGACCAGGCAAGGGUCUUUCUUGCCAAGCAGUCCUCCCGGCGGACCCCGUGGCUGUCCCGGACUCCAGGCAGGCUUUCCGGUCAGUGCAGCUGGAACGCACUCAGAAAGGCCUCACUGGACUUUAUUUUGGGGGGUGGGGAGCAGGGGAGGAAUUCUGGUCUGUAGCUUUUGCUAAUUAUUGGAGGAGAAUCUCUUGGAAUCACAGCUCCAACACCUUUGUCCCCGUCGCUGCAGUGUUUCCAACCCCCACCCGCCCCCCACCUCACAGCCAUGAGAUGCCCCCUUGAAUAGCAGGGGAGAGCUACCGCCAUUCAAGUGGGUGGCAUAGGUGAGCAGGGAAGGGCCGGGUCAGGAAUUCUCCACCUCCAGCUCCCCCCGUUCAGAAUCCUAAGAAUCAGGCAUGAUGGGGCCAGAGCAAUAGAACAGCAGGGAGGUGCUUGUCUUGCACACGGCCCAUGCAGGUUCGAUCCCUGGCACCCCAAUGGGUCCCCCGAGCACCACCAGCAGUGAUUCCUGAGCUCAGAAGAAUCUCUGAGCAUCACUGGGUGUGGCCCCCCAAAUACCCCAAAGAAAUAGCCAUCAUGAAGGAGCCCCCACUCCUGCCAAAUGGGAUGGUCCGGCUUCCCCCUCUGGGGGGUGAUGCCAAUAUGCUCAGAUGUAUUUGAUUUCGGGGCACUGGGAGGGGGGCACCUAUUUGUCCUCAGGAGUGAGCCCCAGUGGUGCCUGGGAGCCACAUUCAGGGCUGGGGACAGAAUCUGACUGGCCUGUGCAAGGCCAGGGCUUCACCCCUGCACUCUCUCCGCCUUCCCCCCUCUGCUGUCUCACCACCCCUGCAUCUAUCUCUGAAUGUGACGGUUGACGCUCAGCCACCACGGCUGUCCAGUCCGUCGUGACAACAUGGAGUUCUGGUCUGCACAAACA